AUGGCGAGGUUUGCAAAAAAUGCUGACAGGCUCCGUCGUGAUGCCUGGGAACUAGCCCAUCACUUCAUUGCGGCGACGGCGUGCCAGGAGGCGGACUAUGGCUGGAUGAUCCGGCACUACUGCCUGAAGCAGUUCCAGCUCAGCAUGGAGGGCAUCGGGCAGCGGCUCUGGUGUGACUGGGAUGAGACUGUGGGCACCUACGGGGAGCUGACGAACUGCACAGCACUGAUCGCCGAGAGACUCGACUGCUACUGGCCCAACCGGCUGGUGGAUGAGUUCUUCGUGGCUGUCCACAGGCAGUAUUUCAAGAACUGCUCCCCCUCUGGCCGGGCGCUGCACGACCCCCCCAAUGGCGUCCUCUGCCCCUUCAUCCUGCUGCCCAUCCUUGUCACCCUGCUGAUGACAGCGCUGGUGGUGUGGAGGAGCAAACGCAGCGAGGGCAUCGUCUAG